CUCCUCUGAUCGGCAUUAACCCUUUCGCUCCGCCGCGCAGCUGUCACACCCCCGGCCCGGGUUUCGCUGUUCAUCCCCUUUUCCCCUUCAACGCCGAGGGUCCGGCACCGUCGCACUGCUCGUCUCGACCGCGGUCAGGACGGGGCACGGGGCUGGUUCGGAGGCGGCCGCGGCCGCGGGGGGGCUGUGUAUUGCCGUGACCCCCGCCUCAGCCUCGUCGGGCGGCCCGGCUGUGCCUCCCGGGAGGGCCGGUCCCGGGGGGCGCCGGGGGUCUUCCCCGAACCCACAGUCAGUCAGCCCUUAACCUCUUUCUCGGAAGAUCGUGCGCUUUCAGUCUUCGUGUUUCGUUUUUCCCGGAGGAGGGGUGUGAAUUUCAUAGUAGCUGCGCAUCCAAAAAGGAAAAAUGAAGGGAAUUUACACCGGAUUGAGCGUUAUUCUCAGCUACCGGCGUAGGCACAGAUUUUGGUUCCUCAUGAACCUUAUGGAAAGAGCCCGACCCUAAUACAUGUUCGAGGAUAGGUUAGAUAACAGUGCUUCUGUCCUGAACAGACAGAGGGGCUGAAAGACUUGCUGAAACUAUUUUGCUAUGCUCAUAGGCACUGCUUUGGGAUACUGAUUCUAGGAGGUACCAUCAAAAUCAAAAGGGAUAGAAUAAAUUUUUAAACAAUUAUUUUAUUUAUUUCCCCUGCUCAUUUUCUGGUUUGACCCCCCCAGGAACAUGUUGUAGUGCUUUGUGCAGGGCUGCUGCUGCUACAGUGAUGCUGGCAGGAUGUCGGCUUUCUUAGCCUUCCAUGCCAAAGGAUAAGGGGACGUCAGGAGGAGGCGGGGGGGCCAGGUUGUUUUGAAAGUUGUUUGUGUGUUGAAAGCCGGUGGGAAAGUUCAGGCUUCCCCAUUUGGAAGAGGCAAGGCUGGGUUCCGCUCUUCCAACAUGCGCUUUCCAUUUUUAGCUUCAUUCAGACGCAGACAGCAGUUCCUUUCCUCUUCCUCUCCUUGUUUGUGUGACACUUUUCUGAGGCAGCUUUUCCACAGGCGACUAAGUGGUCUCACGGCCAUGACCCCACAUUUUCUUCAGCACAGAAUAUUAUUUUCUCUCUGAAGCAUUAAGGAAAGGGUCUGAAAAAGGUAAAGUGGUUGUCACAGCCUAGGGAUUUUCUCCUCUUUGUUUUUGUUCCCUCAUUACUACAGAGGCUGGCAUUUUAAAGUGCUGCUUCAGUCAGAGCAGCUUCGUUUACACUGCUUUUUGGCUAUUACUCAACUGUACCAACUAUCCUGCAUACGCUUUUAAAGUGUCACAGACUACUGUAUUAGUCACACUGUAUCAACGGAAACCACAACACUGAAGGACAAUGAGGAUUAAAGGCUGUUUUCUUUUUUUCCAGGCUGCUACGCAGUGUAGCUCGGACGCUGUGAGUUUCAAGAAUCUGGUGAAAGGGAGAGAGUGGACAAUGAAAAUGGACAUGGAGGAUGCUGACAUGACUCUGUGGACAGAGGCUGAUUUUGAAGAGAAGUGCACAUAUAUUGUAAAUGAUCAUCCGCUGGAUCCCAGUGCCGAUGGAGGCACCCUAACUCAGGCAGAGGCUUCCUUGCCAAGGAACUUGACUUUCAAAUACGCAUCUAACUGCAAAGAGGUCACUGGAGUGAUAAGCAAAGAGUACAUCCCAAAAGGAACACGCUUUGGACCCCUGGUAGGAGAGAUCUAUACCAGUGAUACAGUUCCCAAGAAUGCAAACAGAAAAUACUUUUGGCGGAUCUAUUCAAGUGGUGAACUUCACCACUUCAUUGAUGGAUUUAACGAGGACAAGAGCAACUGGAUGCGUUAUGUAAACCCUGGCUACUCUGUUCAGGAGCAGAACUUGGCUGCUUGUCAGAAUGGAAUGAACAUCUACUUCUAUACCAUCAAGCCCAUCCCUGCCAACCAAGAGCUGCUUGUGUGGUAUUGCCGAGACUUUGCAGAAAGGCUGCACUAUCCCCCCUCCAGAGAGCUGACAAUGAUGAACCUCACACAAACCCACAUUAAUCCAAAGCAGCACAGUGCUGAUAAAGAUGAGCUUUAUCAGAAAAGCAUCCCAAAGAAGGAGCACAGUGUGAAAGAAAUCCUGAAAAUGGAAUCCAAUCCUCCUAAAGGAAAAGACUUCUUUCAGACCAACAUUUCACCAGUUACUCCAGAAAAAGACUUGGAUGAUUUACGUAGGAACUAUAGCCCAGAGAGGUGUUUCUUCCCUCGAGUUGUCUACCCGAUCCGACCUCACAUUCCAGAAGACUAUCUGAAAGCUUCCUUAGCAUAUGGCAUGGACAGACCCAGCUACAUUACUCACUCGCCCAUCCAGGCAUCUACUACACCAAGUCCUUCCGGGAGGAGCAGCCCAGACCAAAGUUUAAAAAGUUCAAGCCCUCACAGUAGUCCGGGGGUCACAGUUUCACCUCUGGCACCUACUUCCCAAGAGCACAGAGAGCCAUACUCUUACUUGAAUGGAUCAUAUGGCUCAGAAGGAUUGGGGUCUUAUCCUGGAUAUGCACCCCCUGGCCACCUCUCACCUGCUUUUCUACCAUCCUAUAACCCCCAUUACCCCAAAUUCCUGUUACCUCCAUUCAAUGUGAGCUGUAAUAACCUGAGCGCUUUGAACAAUAUCAAUGGCAUCAACAAUUUCAAUCUCUUCCCAAGGAUGUACCCUCUUUAUGGCAACCUGCUCAGCGGAGGUAGCCUUUCCCACCACAUGCUCAACCCCACCACGCUCCCCAGCUCACUGCCCAGUGAAGGAGGCCGUCGACUGCUGCAGCCUGAUCAUCCGAGAGACUUCCUCAUACCAGCACCCAACAGUGCCUUCUCUGUCACGGGCGCUGCUGCCAGCAUGAAGGACAAGCCAUGCAGCCCUACCAGUGGGUCCCCCACCGCUGGUACAGCAGCCAGUUCGGAACACAUAAUGCAACCUAAACCUACCUCAGUGGUGUUGGCUGCCACCGGUGGUGAAGAAGCCAUGAAUCUCAUUAAAAGUAAGAGGAAUGUGACCGGUUACAAAACCCUCCCAUACCCACUGAAAAAACAGAAUGGGAAGAUCAAGUACGAAUGCAAUGUUUGCUCCAAGACCUUUGGCCAGCUCUCCAAUCUGAAGGUGCACCUCCGAGUACACAGUGGAGAGAGACCAUUUAAAUGCCAGACUUGCAAUAAGGGCUUCACACAGCUGGCUCACCUCCAGAAGCACUAUCUGGUACACACGGGAGAAAAACCCCACGAGUGUCAGGUUUGUCACAAGCGGUUCAGCAGCACCAGCAAUCUCAAAACCCACCUGCGGCUCCACUCUGGAGAGAAGCCUUACCAGUGCAAGCUCUGCCCAGCCAAAUUCACCCAGUUUGUGCACCUGAAGCUGCACAAGCGUCUCCACACCCGGGAACGCCCCCAUAAAUGCAUCCACUGCCACAAGAGCUACAUUCACCUCUGCAGCCUCCAGGUCCACCUGAAGGGCAACUGCCCUGUCGCCCCGGCCUCUGGCCUCUCCAUGGAGGACCUGAACCGAAUCAACGAGGAGAUUGAGAAGUUCGACAUCAGUGACAAUGCUGACAAGCUGGAAGAAGUGGAGGACAAUAUCGACUUAACAUCGAUCGUGGAGAAGGAUAUACUGACCAUGCUCAGGAGGGAAAUGGAGGGAGCUAACCUGAAAGUCUCUCUACAGAGGAACCUGGGAAAUGGGCUUAUCUCCUCAGGAUGCAACCUUUACGAGUCGUCAGAUAUGUCAGUUAUGAAGUUGCCUCACGGUCACCCACUACCUCUGUUACCUGUAAAGGUCAAGCAAGAAACAAUUGAACCAAUGGACCCUUAAGACUUUUUGGCAAAGUGAUUUUUUUUAUUUAUGACUUGGCAAGUCAGGGUGCCUGUAGCAGUUGCUUGUACAUAGUUUCAAUGCUGCAAAGCAAUCUUGGCUUACAGUAGUUUCCCUACGCUCUCCAGCUGAAAGAAGGAACUCCAAAGUUACUGUUUUCUCAGGGCAUAAAAAGGGGCAAAGGACUCUGCAUUGCCUCGCCAGUUACUAAGAGACAAUCAUUUAUUCAUAAUUAUUUUUUCAAUGAUAGUACUUCAUAAUUUAUUAUGCAAUUAAUCAUUCUAAAAGCAAUAAUUAGGAAAAUGUUUACAAUGACUGGAAAAAUUCAUUGUAAUUUUUACUUUAAAUGGUUUUUUUUUUGUUUUAUGGCCAUUCUUUGUAGAUAUUUUUUUUUUCUGCACAUCUGUUUUAAGAACCUAAGAUUAGGGUUUCAGUAAAUGUGUUUUAUGUACCAAUGUCUUUUAAACAAAUGUGGUUUUUCAUAUUGCCAAAGCUGGACAUGUGACAUACGGAAUCCUAGAUCUGUUAGUUUGAAAAAAAAUGCUGUGUACUUUCAUGAGUAAAUCACCCCAGUGGGAAUUGAAUAGAAGAAAAAAAAUAGCAAACCAACAGCCCAGAGCAGCAGCAAGCAGGGAAGAAGCUUUUUCUCCUGCCUCUCUGAGGGGAUGAGAAAGAUUCUUCUACCUGCAGCUCUCCCUGGAACAGAUGUGGCACAGCAAACACUGACCUGCCAUGGACAAUACCACAGGGUUUUAGAACACAGCUCCAGCCCCACACAUUGUCAUGUAACUUUAAGACCAAAGGAACACAUGAGCUUAAAGCGGCUUUUCCAAAAUAAAAUCUCACUUACAUUUUCUUGUUUCCAAAAGCAAUUUAAAAGCAACGACACAAAUAUUAUUCUGCCUAAAGUGGGGUUUGGGCAGAUUUCUUUCUUACGAUUUUUGUUUUAUUUUGGGUUUUUUUUGGCCAGAGCCUUCCAGGGAUAAAAAAAAAGAUGGUCAGAUUCCCUGAGUAAGAAGGGGUUCAGUUUUACUUGUAUUUUUCUCUCCCACUUCGCCUGGGUAGAAGUGGGCUACAAAGUCCUUUCCUGGCACAUAAAUUUUUUUUCUUCCUUCCUGUACGACUCAGAUUUUUCUCAGUAUUUGUGUUUGUACAUUUUGUGGUUAAUUUAAUUAAAGAAGAAAAGGGCAUUGCAAAGUUGUUGAACAACAAUUACCUCAGUGCUUGUGUCCAGUGGUGCAGACAAUGCUGUUUUACCUAAAUGCUUUGCUACUUUAGAGAAGAAACCAAAAUGUGCACAGGGAAAGAUAGAAUGCACAUCCUUUUAUCUUUUUGUUUUGCUAAGCCCAAAGAUGAUAUGGUGACGUUUGAGGUGUAGCAAAGAAUACAUGUAUAUUUAUAGAUAUAUUUAUACCACUAUACGAUAUAUGUAUAUGUAUAUAUAUUUAUACCACUUAAGUUGUGAGCCAAACCAUGUAAUAAAACCUAUUUUUCAUCUAAGUGUGAAAAUCAAAUGUUAUCCAGUUUUGCAAAUAACCAAUGACCUCAAAACCAGAAGGAUGUACCAAGGCAUUUAUCACUUGCAAAUACACACACGCAGCUGAAGAUGAAGCUGGAACUUGCAAACGUGUGAAUGACAUCAUCCUGCAUCCACGUGUGGCAUCUCAGUGAAUUUGGUGGGAAUGACCCUGUAUUGCAGGCCAGGGCUCCUUCAGUCCCCUGCUCUCCUGGCAGUCUGCACUGGGGGGGAAGGAGGCUGGUGGUCAGUCAACAGACGACCAGAAAAUAUUACUGAAAGAACUUGAAAAGAAGCCAAAUAUGACCCGUGCGUGAUGUUAUCACAAAUCACAGUAAGGGCAGGAUGGAAGUCUGGUGAGACAAGGCCCUUGUCUCAUUGUGCCCUGCCACUAAGGAGUUGCACAAUCAACUCACAUGAACAUAAGUAGCAUUAUUACACACCUCCCCUCCAUGUAUCCCUUUUUGUCUGGUUAUAGUCUUAAAAAAAAUUUUACAAGUCCACCUCAACAAUUCAGGAUUCGGUGGUCUUUUUUUUUCAGCAAACUUCAUUUUAAUGCCUUCUGUUAAAAAAACCAAACAAUUCUGAAAUACACAUCUAUAAACACAGCUUUUGAAGGACUCCAGUUCAUUACAUUUCCACUCCUGCAAAUUGUGAGGCUGACAUCUUUUAAAUGUAGCAAUAGUUCAUAAAUAUAGUACUUAAUUGUAGGAUAAACCAAAGUAUCACUACUCUGUCACUGGACACACACUUUUCCUAUUAUUGCCUGUAGUGCUUUCUUGUAUUUGAUACAAAAUUUACAAGAAUUUAUAUGCAUCAGCUUUAAGAAUUGUUACUUCUCUUUACUGUUUCCCCCUCCCCUUAGACGUUUUACAUGUGAAUGUAGCAACAAUCAACAGUGUUUUUGGGGGUUUUUUGUCUCUCUUAAGAAAGACUCUGACCAAAGUUAACAGGCUUUUUACUUUGCUAGAACAACAAACUAUUAUAUGUUUACGUAUUGGUUUACAUCAUUAUUUAUGUGCAAAUUGUCAAAUGUAAAUUAAAUAUAAGUGUUCAUUGCUU